AUGAAUCUGAUGAUGAACCUGCAGAGCAUCAAGAGAAUAGCUCAUAUAAAACCUAUAUCUCUCAUGCAUGAGUUACCUGCAAUGAAGAUACUUCAGCUGAGUGGCAGCAAACUUUCUUCUCCCUAUCAUUUCCUGAGAUCCCAGAAGGUUUUAGCAUCUUCCCGACAGGUACACAAAAUUUCUGCUCAAGUGCUGGAGAGUAGUGCUGCAGAGGAGACUGUGACCACCAGCUUUGCAUCCUUCAUCCAUGGAGUCCAGCCAGAACAUCUGACUGAAGUUGUUCGUCACCGGAGCAAGAGGAUGAUCCUUGAUAGCAUUGGGGUUGGUCUCGUGGGCAGCACGACUCGUGUGUUCAAUAUCGCCCUGCGGUAUUGUCAGCAGCUAUAUGCUUCAAAUGCCGUUAGCUCUGUCUAUGGCAGGAAAGGGUUAAAGCUGUCCCCUGCGCUGGCUGCCUUCACUAAUGGAGUUGCGGCUCACUCUAUGGACUUUGAUGACACCUGGCACCCUGCCACUCACCCCUCAGGGGCUGUGCUGCCCGCUCUUCUAGCCGCUUCACAGAUGCUACCUCCAAGCUCCAAACCCAAUGGCCUGGACUUCUUGCUAGCGUUCAAUGUGGGCAUUGAGGUGCAAGGAAGGCUUAUGCAUUUCUCCACAGAGGCUCACAAUAUUCCUAAGAGGUUCCAUCCUCCCUCUGUGGUGGGCACCAUGGGCAGCGCAGCCGCCACAGCAAAGCUUCUCUCUCUGAAUGUGACCCAGUGUGCUCAUGCCUUAGCAAUUUCUGCCUCCCUGGCAGGGGCACCAAUGGCAAAUGCAGCCACCCAAGCCAAGCCCCUGCAUAUCGGCAAUGCCACCCGCCUGGGGUUGGAAGCGGCGCUUCUGGCUGCUCGGGGAAUGGAAGCCAGCCCCCUCAUUCUGGAUGACAUCCCCGGGUGCUCUGGAUUCAGCGCGUUCUAUGGUGACUAUCAGCCCAAAACGCUGCCCCUGCCAGCAAACAGCCAUGAGUUCCUCUUGGAGAAGCAAGACGUCGCUUUCAAACGUUUCCCAGCCCACCUAGGGAUGCACUGGAUUGUGGAUGCUGCCGUGUCAGUCAGAAACCUGCUCAUUAAUUAUUCUGGCUCCUUCUCUCCCUCUCUGAUCCAUGCCAUUCUACUGAGGAUCCCAGUGUCCAAGUACAUCAACAGGCCCUUCCCAGAGUCUGAGCACCAGGCUCGACACUCCUUCCAGUUCAAUGCCUGCACUGCCCUGCUGGAUGGCGAGGUGGGCCUCAACUCCUUCACUGAUGGCUGCAUCCAUCGGCAGGAGCUGACAGAGCUGCUGGCCAAGGUGCUGGUGGAGCACCCUGAAGACAACAUAGCCAACUUCGACAAGAUGUAUGGGGAGGUAGCACUGAUCCUGGAGAAUGGAGAUGUGCUGACAGGAAGAUGUGACACUUUUUAUGGGCACUGGAGGAAGCCCCUAAGCAGAGAAUCGCUCCUGAAGAAAUUCCGAUCCAAUGCGUCUCAUGUGCUCCCAGAGGACAAGGUGAACAGCAUCAUCACAACAGUGGACAACCUGGAGAACCUGCCAGACAGCUCCCAGCUGGCCUCCAGCCUGUAAGAGCAAGAUGUUUGAGUGAAGCAUCAUCACACUGGAACACCAAUUCCCUUCUUUCAAGGACAGAAUCUUUCUAUCAUUCAGAGUGAACUGCAGAGCAAAAAUGAAGUACAAGCACAGAUUUCAGUGUCUAAUAACCCCAUUAGCUAGGCUGUGAAAGAGUGUGUGUGUUUGUGUAAGAGAAAUAAGUUUUAAUGAAUACUUGGUGCUGCUUGAUUUGCUGAAGGUAUCCCAGAACAUGCCAUUACAAAUACCCAGAAGUCUCAUUGAACUCCAAGAAUGAUGCAUUCUGGGAUAUCUGUGAACCAGCAUCCUCAAUAGUGGCAGAAUAUUUCCCCCCAAAAAAGAUUAAUUAAAACUUCUUUCGGUUCAGAAUGCUAUCCUAGUCAGUGAGGAUUCUCAACACCAAAAUUUGUCCUUAUCUUAGUGUUCACCUGCACAGUCAACCUGUGGAACUCUUUGCCACAAGAUGUUCUGAAGGCCAAGACUAUCACAGGGUUCAAAAAAGAACUAGAUAAGUUCAUGGAG